CGACCUCACGUUUCGAAACAUCAGGUGCCACUGCUGGGCCUUCUUUGCGUCUCCCGACUCCGAUUGUCGAAAUACAGCCCGAAAACCCCCGGCUACCAUCAUGAGCAGCCUGUCGUGCUUCAACAACUCCCGUCGGGCGCUGUACCGGGUCUUCGUUUCCCCUCUCGAGCGCCGGGAAGCUUCCCUGCAGCGCCAACUGCUUCCCCUCGUCCACGGCCACGCCAGCCCGGCCGCUCGGUCGCCCAGCAUUCAUGGCCUGCACCAGUCCAGGUCGUUCGUGGCAUCGGCCUCCCGAUUGAAAUCCCUCCGGCCAGCCCUUGAGCCUCGAGUCGUCGACGACGACGACCGCGGCUUCGACAAGCGCUACACCACCAAGGAGGACGUCACCAAGUCCGGCCGCGACCGCUAUCCGCAGGACCACGAGAUCACCGACCCCAAGAUCAUGGUUCUCGACAACGGCAACUUCGACGGCCCGCUUCUCACACGCCACGUACUCACACGGCUGGACGACGGCGAGUCGCUGCGGAUGGUGAACCCCUACGUGCCGGCCAAGCCCAAGGACGGCAUCCCCGCGCAGUACGCCGUGUGCAAGGUGGUCAACAAGAAGGAGGAGUACGAGCGCCAGCGCGAGGCCAAGGAGCGCCGCCGCGUGUCCAAGGCCACCUCGGCCAAGAGCAAGGAGCUGGAGCUCAACUGGGCCAUUGGCGACCACGACAUGCAGACCAAGAUGCGCCAGCUCAGCAACUUCCUCUCCAAGGGCAUGCGCGUCGAGGUCAUCCUCGGCAAGAAGAAGAACAGCCGCAAGGUUGACGAUGCCGAGGCCGGCGAGGUGCUGGACAAGGUCAAGAAGGGCGUCGAGGAGGUGGGCGCCAGGGAGUACAAGCCCAUGAAUGGUCACGUCAAUAAGACACUGCGACUUUACCUUGAGGGCGUGUCGAAAUAAUCUGUCCAGUUUCUUCAGGUGCAGUGGUUUGACAAAUUAAAGGUACCGUACUGGAGAAGACAGCUGUGGUGA